AUGUUCUUCCCCUCAUGCAUUGUGACACACCGAUGUGUUGUCAAGGCCUCUGAUGUGAAAGAUUGGGAGAACACUCACAUGCCUUCUCUCAUGUGGUCCUGUGGACACAGCGAUGGGGGGCCGGUGGGGGCAGAGCUGGAAGGGACACAGCAGAGGCCUCUUCAGGGUGUGCAGAAGCCAGAGGCAGCUGCUCUCCAGUGCGACCCUGUCCCCGAGGAACAGAGCAGCGUCACCAUGGCAGCCCUGGAGCAGAUGACGGGCAUCCCAGCCGUCUUGCUCAGGGUGGCCAUGAAGUUAAUCAGUGAGGUGUGUGAGGAGAUGCUGAUGGUCCUCAACAGCUACCGAGGAAGAGGCCACCUGGUGGACCUCAACACACUGAUCACCGGCCGCAGGGACCCUGACAUGCCACCAGCCUUUAAAAGGUGGGAGGACUACACCAAGGACGAGUAUGAGAUGUUGUUUGGGAGGCUGACUGGGCUGGUCCUGAACCAGGUUCUGGAUGUCUUGGCGGCGGAGUGCGGCGGCAACAUCAGCAAACACGUCCUCCUGGCCCAGAAGGGCAUCUCCGUGGAGGUGUUCCAGUUCAUGCGCACCUGGGCAGAUUUCGCCUUGGGCAUGUCCUCGAUCGACGGCGGGAGGAUCGUUCGCAACCCGUGCCCGCCAAUGCCGGAAUCUCUUCCGAGGAGGCGGGACCUGGCGGCUCUGCCGGAAGGAAUGGCGUCCGAGGACGGGCCAGUCAUGUUGGGUAUCAGCCAAUUGGUUGGUUCCACACGGGUUAGCGACCAAUCGGGGUCAUACAGGUUGUCGGUCGUGAAGGAUGGGAAACUGGAGGUUGGGGCAGAGCAGGAGAUCAAGGCGGAGAGAAAGCGUCUGGUUCGGUACGAGAUUCAGAGGCUGGUGGUGAAGACCGUGUUGUGGGCUGUGUCUGACCUCUCUCAGGAUGAUCUCCCUGACUGUGCCUGCUUCUUCUGAUGUCCACCAGCAUUCUCCACUUUCUGCAAGGGCCUCCAGAAAUGCUGUAGUUACCCGGAAAGGAUAUGGACAAAUUAUUUUUUA